GACGUGUAUUAUUAAUCCUUGUUAAAGGUCACAUGAUUGGUGUUUAAAUGUAGACCAGUCGCAAUAAACAUAAUUUUGAACUACAUAAAGUAAUGGAAUGCGUAUUUGGAACGGAAAGUGAGAUCUGAACGACUGAUUUGCUGGAAUGAAUGUAUGAACGUUAAGGAAUUUCACAAAAUUAAAUUUUGUGAAGAUUUUAAACCAGUCUUAACCUUAUCACAUGUACAAAAAAGAUGCAGCUGUUUGUCGCCAUUCUUCUCAUCUCUUUUGCAAAAGGGGUUGCUGGUCAGUUGAGUUUUUGCGCUCAGUCUUCCUCGCCUCUUCCGGUGGCCACCAUGUGCAAACCGACUUCAAUCUUCGGUAAUCACGUUGUGAUUGACGUCACUGAAGCAGGGGAGAGAAUGGUGGAUGGUAUCAAUGUUUGUACCUGUUACCUCACCCCUGUUAUAACCAAAGAGAAAGCUAGACUUUACGUACUCAAACAGAGUUCCCUGGAACCUGGUUAUAAUGGCUGUGGAUCUAGAAUCGAUGUUAUCAUCGACAGUACGCAAGAAUCUGGAAUGAAUCGAAAUGUGUGUUUUUUGAAUGGAAAUGUGGAGCUAAAAAAUAACACUGUUGGAAAUAUCUCAUUUGUUAAAGAGUUUUAUCCAAACGACGACAGAUACUGCAUUGGCCUGCGAUCAGAUGAUUCUAGUGCCCGGUUACAAGUACAAUGCUUUGCUCCAGGAGAGGAAACGUCUUUUCUGACAUCCUUAGCACCAGUUUCUACCACCAAGGAAACAGUUGAGUCCAUUAGAACAUCAACGAAAGAAAUUUACAAUUUACCAACACAGUCAGCUACAAAUAUUGCUCAAAAUCUGAAGACAACGUUGUCCGUCACAAUGGCAGAAAAAAUACCUACUGAAAUGUCAACCCAAUCAUCAACAACUGCAUCUCCUGAACCAACAUCCACAUUUCCAUCAGAAGCUGCAUCACCAAAUCCAAUAACACCAUUGACAACUUCUUUACCUGGAACAACUCAAACAACAGCGUUUUUUACCACUGAGAUAACAACUAAGUCCAUUGGAACACUAGGUAAAGAAACACAAAGUUCACAAAAACAACCAUCUACAACGAUUGGUCAUAUUCCAAAGACAACGCCUGUCACAAAUAAAGAGCAAUUGGAUACAGGUAGUGAAAAUGCAGCGAUCAUUGCAACAAGUGUAAUACUUCCUGUGAUAUUUUUCGUUCUGUUAGUAUUGGCUCUGAUGAUUUUUCUACGACGAAAAAGACGAAAUUCUUCUCAAAAUAUAAGUAAGCAAAAGUAUAUACCUUCUGUUGACAAACUUGUGCAAGAGUCAGCAAAAGAAAAUAGAGACAUUCUCAAUGUUUGCCAUUCCAAGAAAGACAGUAUCUACGAUACUAUUGAAGAUGAAGAAGGCUACCUAAAGAGUUUCCCUGUAAGAAAAAUUUGUAAUCUACCAUAUACAAAAUCCCCCACUUCGCUUGUUCCAUCUAAGGAAGAGGAUGAAAAUAUCAGUAAUGCAUAUUUAUAUAUUUUGGAAUAACUUUGCGCAAUCUUAUAUUGUCUGAAAAAUAUUUUGUUUUAUUCAGUUUCCAUGAUGCUAUUAGUGAAAUGAAAAUUACUGAAUUUGAUAAGACGUUAAGUUUUAGUUAGUCUAUUUAUGAAUCUUACUGUGUUAAUUGUUUUAUUAUCAAAUACAUGAACCUGUAUCAAAAAUGAAAUUUAAAAUAUAAAAUAGUUUAGAUAUUUUGUCGAUAAUUUGAAAUAA